AUGAGCUGGGCUCAGACUGCGUGUGAAAUGAGGGAGGCUGCCCUGGAGUACAUGGACAGGAGUGGGAGUCUCCAAAAGUUUAUUGAGGACUGCAAGAGAUACCACGAAUCCAGCCUUAGUUAUGCUGUGUAUCGGUUUGUAAUCUCCGUUAACCCCAUGGAUAUGACAGAACUGAAUGCCAUUCUGGGAAAUUACAUAUUGCAUGAGCCCAUGAGAGCGGCACAGAUUUUUCAGUCGGUGUGUGAUACAGCAGUAAGAACCCUGUCUUUGAUUGGUCAGUAUCAGACUGAGGCUCAGAUUCAUGUGGUUCUGAGAUUAACCCACUUGCCCGAGUUACCUGGCUAUCGCCUAAGCCUCACCGACUUCCCUUUGGAUUACACAUCUCGCAGGUUUUUUGUGCUAGAAGGGGUGGUGAAAGCCAUGACCACCGUGACUAAAUACACGCAGGGAGCAAGAUUUUUGUGUUCCGAAGAAAAAUGCCAGUUUUCCAAAGGAUUCCGGUACAUACGAGUGCAUAUCCCAGGGGCCACGGAGUCAGCAACCAUGAGAAACGAUUUUGUUUGCGAUUUAUGUGCCUCGCCUCUCAAAGAAGAUAUGAAAUAUCGAGUUCUUGGGGAUAAACAGGUAUUUGAUUUAAUAGACUCCAAGGCACUGCGCAUUUUCCAAGGAUCCGGGAGAAAUUGCCAUUACCGUUUACAGUCAUAUGCUGUAUUUGCAAGAGAUGAACUAAUUGAUAAAAUGAAAAUUGGAGGAAGGUAUAGAGUUGUUGGAAUUCCAGUAUGUGGCCUCACUGGUUCUCAGGUCACGGUCUGUAUAGAGGCCAAUAAUAUACAUCAAUUUAUUGCAGAAAGUCCACCAGCCAUAAAUGGCAUAUUCCAUAAUCUCCAUUCCGCGACUUUAAGCUCCCCAUGGAUUUUCACAGGAAUUCUUGCUAACGUCUUUGCAUCGCAAGUUGUCCCCGUUGGUACAUACAAUACUUUAAAACUAUGCAUCUUGCUCAGUCUUGUACAGACAUGCAGCGAGGACAGAGAGAACGGGAACUUUUUAGAUGUCCUGGUUGUAACAAGUGAUACACUGAUUAUAGAUAGACUAAUGAGUUACAGCCUUUGUCUGGUGCCGCGUGGGGUGCGCCAUCUUUCAUCCAAUGAUAUAUUUGCUACAAUAUCCAAAGACGAUCAUGGAACAGGAACUGCUCGCGUCCAUGCUUGUAGUGCGCUGUUAGCCAAAGGAGGCAUAUGCUUCAUAGGAGAUAUAAAUCUGCAUAAAAAAGAUAAACUUGACCACCUACAAUCAGUUCUGGAGAGCAGAGUCACCACCGUAUUCAUUCCUGGGAAAAAGUAUGGAGAAGAUGUGGACCAUCAGAUGUUUAUUCCUGUUCAGUGCAAUUUCUGGUCAUAUGUGGAUUACUACUCAAAGAAACAGAUCCAGAAAGACAGCCUAUUCAUCGGCCAAGUGGAUUUAAGUGUUCUGCCUUCAAGUCUUGCGGAUGCAUUUGGCCUCUUGGUUUACAUCAAUGACACUUCCCAGAGUCAUCCGGUUCUUCCUCUUGUGCAACAAAGCUUGAGCAGAGGUGGAGGACCAGCAGCCUCCGACUGGACGGCGUCCCGUUGCUUCGCCACACAGGACUACGAAAAGCUUAUUGCUUAUGCAAGGAAUUUAAAUGCUACCAUAAGCAUCAGGGCAGAAAGACUAAUCAACAGUUAUUAUUUGGCAAGUCGGAGGGUACGAUCGGACAUGCACGGGUCCAAAAUGUCCACGUCUGCACUGAGGCAUCUGUUUUCAUUGUCGGAGGCACAUGCAAAACUCAGUCUGAGAUGCGAGGUGACGGAGGAGGACGCACUUAUUGGCAUUCUGUUGUUUGAAGUCUCACUCACUGUCAAGCACGGAGGCUCUGUGUUUUCUGUGUCACCCGCUGCACUCUUCCCCACUGAGCUCCAUGAAGAGGCGCAUCUGUACCAGAGAGACAUUUAUCUGAAACAGUGUCACCAUCAGCUACUUCAAUUCAUUUCAACAUACGGACCCGGAACAGCCGUUUAUAUUAGCGAAGAAUAAUUGGAAAUGAAGUAUAUUGUGUUCGUUUUGUGGAUUUGCCCUUGCUUAGUUUAAAUUCAGUUAUGGUAAAAUCUAUUAAAGCUACCUAUAAGCGUGUGCUUUUUGUUUCUCA